AUGCAGAACCAAACAGCAGUGACUGAGUUCAUCCUCUUGGGCUUCACGGAGACCCGAUGGCUGCAGAUCCUGCUCUUCCUGGCUCUCCUCUUCACUUACCUCCUGACCAUGACUGGGAACAUUGUCAUCAUCACCAUCACCCUGGUGGACCGCCGCCUUCAUACCCCCAUGUAUUUCUUCCUCCGGAACUUCUCUGUUUUAGAAAUAGGCUUCACCUCUGUUGUCAUACCCAAGAUGCUCAGCAACCUCUUGUCUGUGAGGAAAACAAUCUCGGUGGUGGCUUGCUUCAUUCAAUUAUUCUUCUAUUUUUUUCUGGGGGUCACAGAGUUUUUUCUCUUGGCCACUAUGUCCUUUGACCGUUAUGUUGCCAUCUGCAACCCACUCCGCUACCCGGUCAUCAUGAACAGCCGCCUCUGUAUCCAGUUGGUGAUGAUCUGUUGGCUGGGCAGCCUCCCGUCUGUUCUCAUAACAGCCAUUAUCAUCUCCCAGCUGCCAUUCUGUGGCUCAAAUGUCAUUGACCAUUUCUUCUGUGACAAUCUGCCUCUCCUCAAACUGGCCUGUGCUGAUACACGGCUCAUUGAGCUGAUUAACUUUAUUCUAGCUGUAAUCAUACUGCUCGGCACAUUGGUCAUCACAGCCGUGUCUUACAUCCAUAUCAUCUCCACCAUUCUGCGCCUCCCAUCUGCCAAAGAGAGGCAACGGGCAUUCUCCACCUGCUCCUCCCACAUCAUCGUUGUCACCAUGUUUUAUGGCAGCUGCAUCUUUAUGUAUGUCCGGCCAACACGGGCCAGGGGACUGGACCUGAACAAAGGGGUGGCCAUUCUCAACACGGUGGUCACCCCUCUGUUGAACCCCUUCAUCUACAGCCUGAGGAACAAACAAGUACAGGAGGUACUGAGAGACUUAAGUGCUAGGUUUUUUAAUAAGCGGAGAUGUUGA